AUUAAAUGUCAAAAUAGCCACCUUUAUAAUCUGAUCCAGAUACAUUAGUGUAUUCUAUUGUAUAAUUUAUGAUAGGGAGGCAUAUGAGUAAUUGAAUUAAAAGAUAUAGCUAAAUAAUUAUGAUGUAGUAGAUUAAAUUGGAUAGAUUUGUUAAAGUAUUAUGUGGGGAGAUAAGAACAAUGACACAUUUUUUGAGUAAGGGAUUUAUUAUUGACAUUAUAGUUACUUUUGUGAUUAAAAGACGAUGUCAUUGUAUUUAGAUUUAGUGCAUUCUGGAUAAAGGGAAGUUGUAGUGGCUGUAAUUAAAACAAUUACAAUGUUAUUACAAAAUAUAUAAAGACCAGUUAGCAUAAAUUACAUAUUAAGUCAUAGUGCAUUAAAUGGAAUAAUUAUAGCAGAUUAUAAUUUUAGGGAUGAUGAAAUCAUAGCUUAUUAUAUAAAUUUGUUGAAAUGUGUUUCGAUUAGGAUAGAUGAGCAGAGUUUACAAUUGUUCUAUAAUUUGGUAUGUAAUUCCAAUCUCCAUAGAAAUUUAGCACAUUUCCAAUGUUGAUGAAGGCAAUAGGAUUCUAUAAGCAUAAAGAAAAUCUUAUUAGAACAAGUGUAAGAAACAUAGUUUUAGGAAUUACAAAAAUAAAUUUACCUUAAUUACGUAGAUAUGUAAGAUCUUUUCCAUUCGCAUUAUUUUAUGUGCAAUUUAGUUGUUAUAUGAGAGAUGCAUUAUUUUAUAUAGGAGGUUUAAUUUAGGAGGGAAGAUAAGAAUCACAUAAGAUAAUAAAAUUGCUAUUAGAUGAUUAAUUGGAUAUAUUAUAUUUUCUAGAAGAUCUCUUAAAAACAAAUUUAGAUGCAUUACCAAUAAUAGUGAAUUCAAUUAUGGUAUAUGGAUUUGUUCCAACAAUAGUUAUGGGAAUUAUUAAAAGUGGGCAAUAAUAAUAAUAAUAAUCAAUGAAAUAGAAUCAGUUACCUUAGAGAUAAUCAAUGAAUUAAUAAUAAUCUUAGAAAUAUUAACAUAAUAGAGGAUAAUCAUUAGGUAAUAUCACAUUUACUAGUAUAUUCACAUCAUCAUAAUCAACUAAUAAUUAAUAAAAUUAAUAGGUAAUUGAUAUUAAAUUUUGUCUUUUCAUUUUAAUCUAAAUAUACAAGAGUUUUAGUUUUAGUUAAUUUUUAGAUUUGUUAACACUUUUUAUACUUGGAAAAGAUCCAGAGAUUAUUGAUUUUAUAACUUAAUUAAGUAAAUUUAAAUAUAAAUAUUAGAUACAAAUUCUAAGUUGAAUUCAUAUGAAAAGGAUAUAAGUAUGAGUGAGACUUGGAUAUAGAAAGAGAAAAUAUUCAUCUAAGCAUAUUCUUAAUUUAUUUAUAAAGAUUGUGAAAUAAGCGAAGAUGUUAAUGUUAAUGAUAAGGAUGAACUAUUAAGAGGAGUUUCCUCAUAUGAAACAUAAUCUAUAAAGAGAGAAUGUAUUUUUUAUAUAAUAAUAUUAAAAAGUGAAUUGUGAACAUUUUAAAACAUUAAUAAAUGAUUCAAAAAGAUAUGAUGAUUUACUUAAUAUUACUGAUUUGUGUGAUAUAACAAUAGUAAAAUCAUAAUUCAAAAAUAAAACAUCUGCUUUGAGUUUUAUGGAGAAAAAUGAAAAAAGUAAAAUAAAUGGAAACACAACAAUCAAUGAUAAAACACCAUUUUAUGCAUUGAUGAAACAUUUAGAAAGUAAUGAUGAUACUGUAGUAUUUAUGGUACUUUUAUUUAUUAAAACACUACGACAUUCAAAAAACAUAUCUCAUUCAGUUUUAGAAUAAAUUGGCAUGAUAACUCCAGAUAAAAAUAUGGAAUUAUAUAAAAAUUGUUAAGAAACUUAAUAUUUUAUGCAAGAUAAAUUACUAAAUAUUUUAGAAAUAGGAUUACCACCUUAUAGAUUAGGAACUUAUAUUUUGUCAAUUUAAAUGUUGAUUGACUUUUGUAGAACCGACCUUGAGAGUUAUGACUUACAUUAUAAAGAUAGAUUUAGAAAUAUCGUCUUAAAUCAUAUCCAAAAGAUAAAUGAAUAUAUAAAGAAUCAUUUAGAAAUGCAUUAUGUAAUAGAAUUCUUUUAUACAGAUUAUAAAGUAUUAAAGUAAUAAAAUAUACAAUAUAUAGCAAGACAUCAAUUUCAAUUUGGCCAUAGACUCAUAUACAAUUAUUAUAUGAGAUGACUCAAAAAGGUGUUUGUUAAAUUGAUAUUAAACAUAAUGAAAGUAUUUAUUUUAUGGAACCUGUAAAAUAAUAAGACAAGAUUAGGAAAGAUAUGAUGAUAUUGUUGAUUUUGAAAUAUACAACAUCAGUCUUUUUUGGAUUCCAAGAAUAGGAAUAACAAAUACUUGAUAAUCCAAAACCAUUUGGAGAUGGACCUGCUUUGAAAUACUAAUCAGAUAAUGUCUACAAUUUAGAAGAAGAACCAUAUUGUUAAUUUAUUAAACAUUUAUGUAAAUAUCAAAAUAUUGAUGCAUGUAUUUUGGAAGAUUCUAAUUGUUUGGUGGUUAUGGAUCUAAUGUAAGGUUUAAAUGCAGCUAAAUGCAUUAUUUCAUAUAGUUUGAAGAAUACAGACGAAAUGGUAGAAAGAUUGAAUUUAAAAAUGCUUCAUGUGACUUAUAGAUUCGAGAAUUAAAAUAAUGUUUUUGAUUUAGAAUUCCCAAAUAAAUAGGCUUGUUAAGCGGCAAAAAAAAUGACAGAAUAAAAGAAAACAGCUUUAAAAAUUUAAGAGUUGGAUACUAUUACAAAAUAUUUAUAGGCACUCACAAAUACGUUGAAUUAUAAUAAAUGA